CACACGCUCCUAACGUAGCCGAGCGACACAAAUGUCAGAAAAAAAGAUUGCCGCAACUUGGACAGAAAUGUCACACAUGCCUACAGUUUUAUAAUGACGUAUAUACAAUUUCUUUCGUCUAUAUACAUAUAAUGAAAAUAACUUAUUUCUGUAAUCUUCUAUGAUAUUAGAGGCCUUACAGGAUACAGUUGUUCUGGAGAAAAGAGGGUGGAAGAGAAAAAAACGCAAAAACAACCAAGCAGAAGAAAAAUAUUUUUGCUUAUUUGAUUCUCAACAAAGAUUUCUGAUAGUUCUGAUCCGUGAAAAAAUAUAUAGAUAUGUGCAAGGAAGUUAUGUAUUGGUUUACUGGUUUGGGCCUUGGUCUUGCAGAGUAAACCAUGAACAUCUGGUUUCGUUCUCCUUGCUGGUGCAAGAGAAAGAAUAAGCAUUGUGUUGCUUACUCUGUUUUGGUUUUUGGUUUGUGCUUGAAUAUCUCUGCACAAUUGUUUGAGGGAGCUUAUGUUGGAAUGGGGAUGAAUUCAGCGGAUAGAUAGUGGUACCAUAGCUAUGAAAGUUGGUUAGGUUUUUGACAUUUAAGUGUAGGAUCUUCUUCUAUGGCAUCAAUUGCUUGGGCGACAAAAAUUCCUUACUGAUUUGCCCUCUAAAAAUGCGAUCAGAUGAACUAGAUAGUAUAGUGUAGUGGAGCAGAUAAGGUAACAAAUUAGGGAUUUACAGAAGAUCUGGGAGAAUAACCUCUUCAACAUUAGUCAUGGGGUUACCUCAAGCGUCCUCCAGCAAAAUUGCUGAGGAAGUGGCAGCAUCAUUGAGCACAUUCAUGCAAACACCACCUAGAUUUGUUGGUGUGAGUAGCUGUGAUUUGAGUGGAAUGCAUGGAGGGCACCAAGGCAUUCGAAUGCUGGGGGAUUUUCCAUGCUCUUCUCUGAGGGAUCUUUCAAAGGAUCCAGAUGCUCUCAAUAUGCAUAAAGAUGGUAUGACCAACAUGCAUAGGUUGCAGAUUGGUUCCACAGAGAAAAGUAGCUUCUUCACUCAUAAUACUGGACGGAAUAUUCAGAGUCCAGUUUCUCGCAUUGUGGGUUUCGAAUCCAAGGUAUUCAAUACCCCUGCUAAUGCUUUCGAGGGUAAUCAACCAGAUGGAAUUCACUCAUCCAAUUUGGUUAGUAGCACUGAUAAUGCAACAGAGACAACUAGGUCACAUGUCAGGAAACGAUUAUUGUCACCUUUGAAUGGCAUGCUUUCACCAGAUCAAUUCAAUGGUGAAUCUAUAAACAUUGGUGGCACUAAUAAAUGCAAUUCCCCAGUCAGCAGUGAUAAGUAUAAUGUAACUGUUUUACAGGAGCAUAAGAAAGCUAACAUAGGGAACUCUAAAUGUUUCAGCCCUCUGACUUGGUGCACGUCUAAUUUUCCAGUAAGAAUAAGUUCACUGGAUGAAAAUUGUGGGACAAACUAUAGUUUCCUUACUGAUGGUCCUUUGCUCGAGAACAAUGAGCCCCAAUCUCAAAGCCCCUUUUCAUCUCAACCUGGGGCAAAAAAAUUUGGGGAGACAACUAAAUCAGAGUCCCCACAUGGUGCAACGGCUAUACCACUGAAAAAAGUGGUCUCUUCAUCACUUUCUUUAUCUCCUCUUGGUCCAAGUUUCUCUGGAAGAAUGAAAACCUGUGGAGGGUGCAAGGAUACCAGCAAACAUUUAGAUGACAAAUAUUUAACCUUGAAGGAUAUGGAACAGUCUCUUGAUGGAACUAUUUUGGGUAUCUUAUCUUCCCAGAAAGAAGACGACUAUAGAAUGGCAAGCAAAUCAUUUCAAGAUGUUGAAAUUUUACAGAAUAAGUUUAACCAGUUCACCCCUGAAAGUGUGACAACUGCCAUGGGGGUGCAUUGGGGUCAAGAUUCCCUUACUUCUCAAUGUGCUAAGCUGGGUAGAACUCUAAGUGGACUGCCUGUUAGGAGGUCCUUGGUUGGUUCCUUUGAGGAGUCCCUGUUAUCUGGUCGUUUAGCAUCUGGGAGGGACAGUCAGAAAAUUGAUGGUUUCCUUGCUGUUCUUAAUAUCACUGGUGGGAAUUUCUCUCCUCACCCACAGAAAUUACCAUUUUCAGUAACGAGUUUGGAUGGAGAUAACUACUUGCUGUACUAUUCAUCUAUAGAUCUUCCAGGCAACUUGCCAUCAAACAAGUGCAAAGGCUCGAAAAUGAAGAGGAGCCUUAGCAUUGAUGAUUCACAAGUGGAAAAGAGCCGUCUGCGCAUACCUAUGAAAGGGCGGAUACAACUGGUUCUCAGCAAUCCGGAAAAGACACCUAUUCACACUUUCUUUUGCAACUAUGAUUUGAGUGACAUGCCAGCUGGUACGAAGACGUUUAUGCGCCAAAAGGUUACUCUAUCUUCUUCUGCACCGGCUUCCAUAUUGAGAAGUGGAAAUAAAGAUCCUGUCUUGAAAAAUGGGGUCAAGCCUUCUAUAACUGCAGAUAUUUGUCAUUCUUUACAGCAUGGCAUGCCACUUGCUAAUUCAAAUGGAGUUGAUGAUGUACAUAAAAUAACUUCUACAAACCCAAAUGUUAACAUGAUGGAAACUGAUGGCUCUGGCUACCCUCAGGAUCUUGCCAAAGUGGCCUCACGUUGUAGUGAGUUCAACUGUUCUGAACUUGUAGAGACUGGUGGGGAGUACAUCAUCCCACCUGUAACAUCCAGUGUAACUGAAACAAAAUCAGUAAAUUGCCCUUCAAAGGUGAAUGAGAACAUUUCUGGUUCUGGUGUUCUGCGUUAUGCUCUUCAUCUCCGUUUUUCAUGUCCCUUCCUGAAGAAACAUGCGAGGACAGUCCAAAGGUGCAGAUCUGAUCCUUGUUCUGCACCAGCCAGAGACAGUAUGGACAUUGAAGAGGAACGGCGCUUCUACUUAUAUAAUGAUAUGAGGGUGGUAUUCCCUCAACGUCACUCGGAUGCAGAUGAGGGAAAGUUACACACUGAGUAUCAUUUCCCAUCAGAUCCAAAGUACUUUGACAUCAGCCGCUGAAAGGUUUUCUCACAAUCUGGCUCUUUUGUACAUGUGUGUAUAUAAUUUCCUUGUCAUGUAAUCUGCAGAUGGGGCAUCAACCCCUUUGCAUUUCACUUGUACAUAACAUCAUUUCAAUAAA